AUGAAUGUGAUAAAGCCUUUUCACAACACAGUAGUCUACAAAUACAUAAGAGAACACAUACUGGAGAGAAACCCUACAGAUGUAAUCAGUGUGAUAAAGCCUUUUCACAACACCUUAUUCUCCAAAUACAUAAAAGAAUGCAUACUGGAGAGAAACCCUAUAAAUGUAAUGAGUGUGGUAAAGCCUUUUCACAAUACAGUCAUCUACAAACACAUAAGAGAACACAUACUGGAGAGAAACCCUACAAAUGUAAUGAAUGUGAUAAAGCCUUUUCACAAUGCAUUAUUCUCCAAAUACAUAAAAGGACGCACACUGGAGAGAGACCCUAUGUAUGUAAGCAGUGUGGUAAAGCUUUUUCACAACACAGCAAUCUCCGAACACAUAAAAGAACACAUACUGGAGAGAAAUCCUAUGAAUGCAAUGAAUGUGGAAAAGCCUUUGCACAUCACACGCAUCUUCAAAUACAUAAAAUGACACAUACUGGAGAGAAACCCUAUAAAUGUUAUCAAUGUGAUAAAACCUUUUCACAGCACAGUAAUCUCCGAAUACAUGAAAGAAUACAUACUGGUGAGAAACCCUAUGACUGUAAUCAGUGUUCUAAAGCCUUUGCAUGUCAUAGUGGUCUCCAAAUACAUAAAAGAACACAUACUGGAGAGAAACCUUAUGAAUGUAAUCAAUGUGGUAAAACUUUUGCACAUGACUACAAUCUUCAAAUACAUAAAAGAACACAUUCUGGUGAGAAACCCUACGAGUGAAACCAAUGUGGUAAAACCUUUUCAUGUCACAACCAUCUUCAGAUACAUAAAAGAUCACAUACUGGAGAGAAGCUCUAUGAAUGUGGUAAAGCCUUUGAAAGUCACACUUAGGUUUGAAACUCACAGUCAUCUUCAAAUACAUAAAAGAAAGCACACUGGAAAGAAAUUCUAUGAAUGUAAUCAAUGUGCUAAAGCCUUUGAAAGUCACACUUAUCUUCAAAUAUCUAAAGGAACACAUACUGGAGAGAAACCCUACCAAUGUAAUGAAUGCAAUUAAGUCUUUGCACAUCACUGUAAUAUUCAAAUACAAAAAUGAACACAUUUGGAGAGAAACCCUACAAAUAUAAUCAAUGUGAUAAAGCCUUUGUGUAUGUCAGUAGUCUCUGAACUCUUUAGAAAAAAAUCACAGUGCUGAGAAACCCUAUAAAUGUAGUUAGUACAGAAAAGUUUUACAAUUCAUGGUAGUUUUUAUAUAAGCAUAAAACUUUAAAUGUGUAAUUGGUCUUUUCAAGCCUUUGUGUAUCACAGUGUGUCUUUGAGGACCUGAACAAACUCAUACCAAAGGGAAUCUGUAAAGAAUUUGGGAAUAUCUUUAGCCAACACAUUUAAAUUCAGUUACACAACAUUAUUCUGUAGAAAAGAAUCUGAUAAUAUCAACUAUGUGUUCAAGCAUUAUGAUGUCCCUCUUUAUUUUGUUUGCACCUGCAAAUGGAUUUGGACAAAAGCCCUAUGAAUUUA